AUGUACAAGCCUCCAUUCAUGCCCAUCCCGCCGGGCAAGAGCCUGGCAGGCAAGACCGUCCUGGUCACUGGAGGUAACUCAGGACUCGGCCUCGAGUUUGCACGCCAAGCUCUGACUUUGAAUGCAUCCCAUGUGAUUGUCACGGUUCGUUCCCAAGCCAAGGGCGACGCGGCAAUUGCAACUCUGCGAGCAAAUCAAGAAGUCCAAGCCACCAAUCCCGAUGCAAGGUUGGAGUACUUUCUCCUCGACCUGGAUGACUACAAGUCUGGGCUAGAGCUUGUGCAGAAGGUCUAUGCAGAAGUCCCAGAGCUCGAUAUCAUCUUAUGCAACGCGGGCACGAACUUUUUCAACUAUGAGACAAGCAAGAGUGGCCAUGAGCGCCUGAUGCAAGUCAUUUGCUACACCCAUUUCCUCAUCGUCCUCAGUCUGUUUCCCCUGAUGCAACGAACAGCAGCCAAACGUGGAUCGCCCACGCGAGUGACAUUCUUGAGCUCGUACAGCCACGUCCGUCACACCCUGGAGACCAAUCCCAUCGCUGCAGAUGAAUCUGUCAUUGCUCACUACGACAACAUCAAGAAAUACGUCUCUGGAAAACGCUACCAGGAUGGCAAACUCGUGAUCAAUGCCUUUGUUCAACACCUAGCAACCAUCGUACCCUCAUCCGAGGUCAUUGUCAACUGCGUAUGCCCAGGGAUUGUUGCGACGGAUAUCAACCAGAACUUGCCUCUUUGGAUCAAGCCCUUUAUGUGUGUCUUCUUCAAGAUCAAGGCUCGGCCAGUGACCGAGGGAGGACGGGUCUUGGUUCGGGCCGCCGUGGUAGUGGGUGAAGAGAGUCAUGGAAAGUACCUCCAGACGGGCGAAAUACAUCGUGGUGCAGAAUUCCUCGCCCAGCCGGCAGGCAAGCACUUCAUCAAGAAAUUCUGGGCUGAGAUUGUGGCGGACAUUGGGAAGGUUAAUCCGGAAGUGAAAGUCCGGCUUGAGAGACAGAUCAACCAAAAGGGAUUAAAGGGCCAGCCGUUAGCUCGAACAGUUGUCUCUGCGGGAUAG